AUGGAUCAUUUGCGGUAUCUGGGUCCAUCCUUCGCCUUGGGCGUCCAACACACAGUCGUCCGGACAGCUCUCUUCUGUUGUUCCGGAGCUCUCUGCACGUUCCUUGCCUUCGCCUUGUAUCAGUGGUACUUCCACCCGCUAUGCCGGUUCCCGGGUCCUAAGCUAGCUGCCAUCAGUAAUUUCCCUUACAGUAAGAGUUAUCUGGGUGGCCGACAGCCGUGGGACAUUCUCAAGUUGCAUGACAAAUACGGCCCUGUCGUUCGCAUCUCCCCCAAUGACCUUUCGUUCAACACGGCCAAAUCCUGGUCCGACAUCUACGGUGUUCGCAAAGGCCAGGCAAGCUGCUUCAUCAAGAGCAACUUCUACGAUGGGGGCAACUUCGCCGACCAGGCCCACUCCAUCGUGAGCGAGCGUGACCCGGAGAAGCAUCACCAGAUGCGCAAGUUUCUGUCCCGUGCCUUUUCGGACACGUCUCUCAAAGAACAAGAGGCCUUGGUCAACACGAAGAUUGACCGUUUCGUCGAGCGGAUCGGAGAGCAAGGGACAGUAAACUUUACGCACUGGUUCAACCUGUUGACAUUUGAUAUCAUCGGAGAGUUGGCUUUUGGAAGAGACUUUCAAGGCAUUGAAACCGGCCAAACCCAUUUCUGGAUCAACGAUGUUCUGGGCAGCAUGUCUCAAGCGAGCGUUUCGGAUACGUUGACGAGGUUUCCCAUUCUCGGGAAAGCCUGGCUGAUGUGCAACCCGGGUUGGAUUUCCAAACUCAUGGUGGCCGCGACGAGACACCAAAAGUACACCAUCGAGUUGACCACGAAACGUCUUCAAGAAGACACUGGCCGCAAAGACUUCAUGAGCUACCUCCUCCAAGACAGGGACGACAGUUCGGAUAUCCAGCUCGCCGCACACGCUUCUGACUUUGUCAUUGCCGGGAGCGAAACGACGGCCACCACGCUCGCCGUCCUCUUUUACUACGUGUGCACAACGCCCUCGGCCAAGCGGGAGCUCGAGCACGAGAUCCUGUCGGCCUUUUCGGCGUACGGCGACAUCAACGCGACGUCGGCCGCCUCCCUCAGGUACCUCCACGCCGUGUGCCAGGAGGCGCUGCGGAUGUUUCCUCCCUUGCCCCUCGGCCUGCCGAGAGAGGUGCCAAACGGCGGCGAGACGGUCGAUGGGUUCUACGUGCCUGAAGGGGCCAUCGUUUCCACCAACCCGUACGCGGCUUCUAUGAGCUCCUCCAACUUCGAGUCGCCCGAGCAGUUCCAGCCCAGCAGGUGGUUGUCGGGUGAGCUCAAGGACAAUUUGGAUGCCAGCAGGCCAUUCUCCUUCGGUCCCCGAGCUUGUCUUGGUAGAGGGCUGGCUUGGCUUGAGCUCCACGUUACCGUGGCCAAGAUUAUCUACGCCUACGAACUCGAACUUGUUGAUGGCUCCUUGGACUGGAACAAAGAGGCAUGGAUGAGUCUGUUGUGGAAGAAGCCAGACUUGAACAUCAAGCUGACCAAGCGCACACGCUGA